AUGGCUUCCCAAGCAGUACAUCGCCCAAAUCCUGCCGCUGGAACUCUGAACUCCCCGAUCCUCGUAUGGAUGCUCUACGUCAACCACGAGAUCACAGAAGAGGAGUACAAAGAGUGCUUCGAUGCUGUCACCAAGACUAUUCCGCACUGUAAGGGCUUGAAGUACAACUAUAGGUCUGGAGAAUCUGUCCGCGUACUACUCGCAAACAUGAUGCCGUUGCUCAUGAUGCGCCACCGACGAAUUCCGCGUUCACGGUGGCGCGACCACUCUACGCCCAACGGCAAGCAUUGGAUUGAACAGAUGCUCGAGCAUACGAACCCCGAGCACCACAUGCGUUCGAUGAUCGGAUACCAUCUGGCAUGGGAGAACUCACUCAUCGGCAUGGCCAUGGUACAGGGACGAAAGCAGGAGGUCGUGAACAUUGGCAUUGGUGUGAAGGAGCUCAUCACCGAUCCGCCCGGUAUCCCCGUGAAAGACUAUGUCGACUCCCUGUCCCACAAGCUCACUGAAAAGGAGCUUGGCUUCAUCAGCCCCGAGAUGUCGGAAGAUGUUGUCAUGCGUCGCCUCGCAAUAGUGCUUUCCCUCAAGGCAGCCUACAUCCGUGCAAUCGGACAGCCUCUCGGCUUCGACUGGGCACGACUCGAGUUCAACGUACCGGAGGAGAAGUGCAGUGGCGAUGGCGAAGCGCUCACCGGCUGGGAGUUCCGACUCUUCCGCUCAAACGUCGGCGUGCAACGGAACGGGCAGCUUGUAGAGGAGCUAUACCAAUGCUGCGUCGCAUUCUUCCGCGGGACGCCUGAGACGAGGUUCCACUUCAGCGAGAAUAAGGCUGACCUGGAGAGUUGGGUCCAGUUCAUCAACAUGGACCAGAUGGUGAACGUCAUCCCUAAAUUGGCUGAUUAG